GAAGCGCGACUCAGUCUGCCGGUGACUUGUGAUUGAAGCGGGACCAGUGGCAAUAUAUUGUUCAAUUCCCAAACGCGAACCGGAUUAUCGAAAUCGACGCUUCCGGCGACCAAUCCAACCGUUAAUCAAUCAUUUUCCGCUCCAAGCCGGGGGGCGUGUUUCUGUUGACAUCCAGACGAGGGGUGUCGGCAUAAGGGACCAUUCCAGAAGAAGUUACUUAUCGUUAUUGCUCGGGAUAAGCGUGCUUCGGGAGUGCAGUUCUUUACACACCUUCCACCUUCGAGUGGUGUGUUUUGUGUCAUGAUUAGAUUUUUUCCGCCGUAAUGGAUCCAGGAUGAUACUUCGUCACAGCUUAGAGAAGUGAUUUAUCAGCAGUGGUGUGAAAAAAGAUAACCCAACGUGAAUGUGAGAAGUGUGAAUAUGUAUGUAUGCAGAUUGCACGGCGGCAUUGGUUCGGCGAAUUGGGGUUCUACGGUGUCCGUUAUGCACGGCUUGGCAAUUCCAUUACUGUCCUCGGUUACUUGUCGCCAGCUGCUGUCAAAAGUGAAGAAGAAUUAGCUUCGGCGUCGGAUAUUUUGUUGGCGUUGGGGAUUUUUCUCACGUGUACUUAGUCAUCGGAAAAUUGUGCUGUGAACGCUUUUUAGCUGAAAAAUACACAUCAAAAACCUGAAGAGUAAACAAAUUGAAAAAUGUUUGCCAUGCUGGGGAUUAUAGUGACGCUGAUAAGUGCGAGUUUUUGCGACUCUCAGCAGCAGUCGACCGUGUCGCUCCCGAAGCCCAUCUGCGGCCAAGUGACGCUCAUGAUGGACAACUGCUUCCACAACACCACUCCGCAGGUGCCGACCGACAUCCUUUAUUCGGUGAAAAUCCCCGAAACGGUGGAGGAAAUCGACAGUCGCUGCCGGGUAUUUUACCGGGGAAUGGACUGCAUCCAGAGCUAUCUGAAUGCCUGCGUCGAAGCCAAGGAGCGGCGAAUCAUCGAGAACGAGGUAUUCGGAGCGCAGAAGAUGUACGAUCAUCUCUGUCGGGACAAGUCCUUCCAGAAUGAGUUUUUCAAGCACAAGGGGUGCUUUCGCCACGUGCACAACGAUUGGGACUCGUGUUCCCGCCGGUUCACCAACAUACUGAAGGAGGAGAUGACCAAAACGACGCAGCAGAGUUUCAAUGUGCAGUAUAUGCAUUUUUGCUGCGCCCGUUACGGCUACGAAAACUGUGUCUUUACCAGUGCCAAGUACAAGUGCAAGCCCGAUUCGGCCGUCUUCCUGCGGAAGAUUGCCAAACUGCUGUCCACGGAUCGGCACUUUCUCAACUGUGAUAAAAUCGAGAGCGAGAUCUGCUCCGGGGCCUCUGGCCGGCAUCAUCAUCAUCGAAGGAGCCCAACUUUGUUGGUGGCGACGCUUGCUGCGAUGGUGAUGCUGCUUCCAGUGAUGGCGCGGCUUUCGGCGGUUUGGCGAUAAGAGGGUGGAUCGUAGGAGGCUUAGGGUUUAUUUUUAUAGUGAGACGCACGGUGCUCCGCUAGACCGUUAUAAUGGAAUUUAUUUUGGCUCAGAGUUGCAGAAUGACCUUGGGAAACGAGACAUUUUUUUAUAAUAACGGUCUGUCGAGGCACCGCGAGACGGUGAUAUUUACGACCAGUUCGGAGAUAGUUUUUUAUUCGAUUCCGCGCGAAGAACUGGACGAAGUGAAAGACAACUGAUGUGAGCGAAAUAUGUAUAUUAUUGGAUGGUAUAUUUUAUUGGUAUAACUGUCGAACGAAAUGAAGAAGUCUUAGGUCAUAGUCAGGAUCGUACGCCAAAAAGAGCAUACG